AGCUAAUUCACUUUCCGAAACCAAGACCGUGUUCAGUGGGGCUGACGUUCCGGAGUCGCGGCUGGAGUGAGCGCCACCUGAGGGCAGGCCCGGGUCCCCGCCCCGCUCUCCGCGAGCCUGGCCGACCCGGCUCCGGGCGUCGCCGCCAGGCCCCCGCCCGCCGCUCUCGGCCGUGGCCCCGAGCUGGCGGUGCCGGGCGGCGCCUCGGGGUGGCCGUCGUGGGGCCGGGGGCGGCGGGGCGGCCGGUGGGGGGCUCCCGAGGCGGAGGGGCGCCCGGGCCCGCCCGCCGCCACCGCGCUGCGAGGCAUGCUGGGAGCCCGCACUUCCUCCUCAGGGGCCCCUAGGAAACCACAGGGCUCCGGGCCAGGGCGGCUGCCCCCGGGGAGCGCGCAGGAUGGCCGAGGGCAAGGCGGGCGGCGCUGCCGGCCUCUUCGCCAAGCAGGUGCAGAAGAAGUUCAGCAGGGCUCAGGAGAAGGUACUGCAGAAAUUGGGGAAAACUGUAGAAACCAAAGAUGAGCGAUUUGAACAAAGUGCCAACAACUUCUACCAACAACAGGCAGAAGGCCACAAGCUUUACAAGGAUCUGAAGAACUUCCUUAGUGCAGUCAAAGUGAUGCAUGAAAGUUCAAAGAAAGUGUCAGAAACUCUACAGGAAAUCUAUAGCAGCGAAUGGGACGGUUAUGAGGAGCUGACAGCCAUUGUAGGGAAUAAUGAUCUCCUUUGGGAAGACUAUGAAGAGAAACUGGCUGACCAGGCUUUGAGGACCAUGGAAAACUAUGUAGCCCAGUUCAGCGAGAUCAAGGAGAGAAUCGCCAAGCGGGGUCGGAAACUUGUGGACUAUGACAGUGCCCGACACCAUCUGGAGGCAGUGCAGAAUGCCAAGAAGAAAGAUGAGGCCAAGGCUGCCAGGGCAGAGGAAGAGUUCAACAAAGCCCAGAUUGUGUUUGAAGAUCUGAACCAGGAACUACUGGAGGAGCUGCCUAUUCUUUAUAACAGUCGUAUCGGUUGUUAUGUGACCAUCUUCCAAAACAUUUCCAACUUGAGAGAUGUCUUCUACAGGGAAAUGAGCAAGUUGAACCACAAUCUGUACGAGGUGAUGAGCAAACUGGAGAAGCAACAUUCCAACAAAGUCUUUGUUGUGAAGGGACUAUCAAGCAGCAAGAGACGCUCUUUAGUCAUUUCUCCCCCAGUUCGAACAUCUGCAGUCUCCAGCCCUCUUACCUCACCUACCAGUCCCUCUGCACUUGCCUUGAAGGAAAGUGAACCUGUCUCAGCAGCUGAAGAAGACCUGGCACCUGAUGCAGCCCAGGGAGAAGACAAUUCUGAAAUCAAAGAAGAGCCCUUAGAAGAUGAGGGAACAGAAGAGGAAGAGUCUGAAGCCAGUUCCUCUGAGGAAGAAAAGUCUCUACCAGCCUACAAUGGCCCAACCCAGGCCCAGCCCUCUCCUACUGCUGAGGAUGGCAAGUCCCAGGAUAAGGUUCUCCCUUGCUCCCCAGCCCCAUCACCAGGCAGAGCCCUGAUUCCUUCAGAGCAGCCUUCAUCACCCCCAGAAGUAGUCCUCCGACCCCGCACCUCAAGUGAAGGAUCCGACCAACCAAAGAAGAAAGCCUCUAUCCAGAGGACCUCAGCACCCCCUAGUAGGCCUCCUCCACCCAGAGCCACUCCGAGCCCCAGGUCCUCCUCGGGGAACAGCCCUCCGGCCUCUGGAGGGGGUUCACCCACCAGCCCCAGAGCCUUCUUGGGGACUGGGACUCCAAGUCCUAGGGCCUCCUUAGAGGCCUCUCCUAAUCCAGAGCCACCAGAAAAGCCAGGAAGAACUCCUGGGGCGCGAGAAAAGGAAAACAUCCAUAGUCCAAACCCAGAAGAACUUUGUGCUUCUCCCACUAUGAUGAUCCCUCAGGUUUUUUCAGACCCUGAAGCAGCAAGGAAGAUGGAAGACAAGGAAGAGAAUGAGGAGGUUAUUUCACCUGACUCUCCCAAGGGCCAAGGCCUUCAGUUUCAAGUCUCUGCAGUUCCAGAAGAGAGCAACCUCACAGCACCUGAGCCUCAAGAAGAGGUAUCUACAAGUCAAAACGCACAACUCUGAAGAGAAACUACCAAGACCCUCCCAUCCCUCCCCAGAGAAGCCCCUCAACUAGAGGGUAUCGGUCAGAAGGACAUGAGAACGAGUGUUCAUUUCUAGAUUCUCAGACAGUAGAAAUGCUGGUGGUCUCCAAACCCUGGCAUUAUUGGAAGCUGAGGAACAGUGUUAUGGGAGGAAGGGAGGCAAGCAGUCUUGGGAGAAGAGGAUGUUAGACUCAGGGAAUACUUAGUUCAGGUUUUAGCAUUGUUAGAAGAAUAAGACACUAUUAAAGUGAGGCUAUAAUGACUAUAAAGCAGAAGUAUCUAUAGACACACACUUGUCUGCACAGAGACACAUAACCACACAUCCUCAGAGAAUAAUAGACAAAUCCUUGACUUACUCACUUUGUAAAACUUAAAGCCACAAGAAUAUAUUUUCAGAUUGUUAAAUAAAGUAUGAUUUUGACU